AUGUGCCACCCGCUUGUCAAGAAAAGCCUCUGGAGGGCAGCUCUGCUCUACAUCUACGGAUUUAUCGGUGGCUGUGUAUUCGUUGUCAUUGAACGAAAGCCUGAAAGCAAUAGACAACUUUAUUCAAGACUUGCCGGCCAAUUGCGGCGUAAUUUUACGACGCAAUUUAACAUUUCAAUAAACGAUAGUGAUUUUAAAUUGUUCAUGGACCAGGCCUUUGAUGUUGUAACUAUUGGCAAUAAACCCGACUGGAGUAUAUUUUAUGGUCUAAGCUUUGCGAUGACGUCACUGACAACUGUGGGUAAGCUUGGAUGAAUUUAGUGGAACCUCGAUAUAACGAAGUGCUAAGGGACGGGCAAAAAUUUGUACGCUAUAAUGAGGUUCCGUUAUAUCGAGGUAAUUUUCAGUAUGUUUUACUGUUACUGGGGUAAAGAAAAUCGUUCGUUAUACCGAGGACUUCGUUAUAUAGAGGUUCGAGCCGGGGCAUUUUCCAUUUUUCCCGCCGCCACCGCCCCUUUUCCCAAGUCCCGUGCGUCUUAUUUUCGCUUUGGUCGUUUUAAUACGUCCCCACUAUACUAUCUGAGAGCCUAGCACGGGCUACUCUCUAACAAGAUCCUCCAAGAUCCACCAAGAUCCAAAAUGUUUGUUGAUUGAGUAUUUUUUUUCCAUUAAGGAUAUGGCCAUAUAACACCAGAAACUCCUCUUGGGCAAAUAUUCACCGUUAUAUACUGCCUCGUUGGUCUGCCCAUUUGCAUGAUAUUCCUCAAAACGCUGGGGGAAAUAAUUGCAAAGGCUGUUAAAAGGCUCGUUCGUUUCUUUGAGACAAUAAUCCUUGGCAAAAAAAGGCCUCGCAGGCUCAAAACGAAAAGCUUUGUAGUAACAUUUAUGUUAAUGAUCUGCACUCUAUGUCUUGGAGGAGUAACCCAGGUGUAUCUGGAAGGCUGGACUUUUGUAGAAGGCAUCUACGCAUACUUUGCGACGCUUUCAACAAUUGGCUACGGCGACUACAUUCCUGGGUGGAAGACAGUAAGAAUAGCUGAUAAACAGUCAGGAAUUGAUAACAAUAUUGAUUUAUGGAUAGUUGUAUCCAUCUUGGCGUUACCUGGUCUGGCAGGACUUUGUGUGGUCAGUGGAGUACUUAAUGCACUCGUUGAUGCUUUUGAUGAAUUAAAGAUUCAUUUUUAUGUCCGCAAAGAAUGUGUCAAAUGUGAAACGAAAACAUCCACGAAACACGAAGGACUGCAUGAAGAGGGAAAUUUGUUCAUCGAAGACCCAAAUAAAAGUAUUGACCAAAAAAUUGGCGUCACAUUGGUUGAGGAAAGGAUCAGAUCAGCUACCUUAUGA